AUGGCUGGUUGGGGGACGGGGGCGCGCGCGGGCGGGUGUGUUUUUGGAAAAAUUGGGGGGAAAUGGUGGUGGCUGCCACUGACCGGCGGGUCCGGGGAAAGGACGACGCCCACCGGACAGAGCACAGUGCCGCUGAGCCACCGGCACGGACCCUGCGCGCCGGUGCCGUCCAAGGAGCGUAGCCUCUCGGAGCGGCUGCGCCAUGACGUGGCCCGAGCAGGCUACGUCCACCAGGCCACCGGCGGGUACGGCUACGGGUUGCAGCGGUCCGACCCCGCGCCGAUGCUCUUGGGAGACGCCCUAGGCUCUGCGGAGUAUGUGGUGACCGUCGGGAUUGGGUCGCCGGCCUUCGGCCAGACUCUCAUCCUGGACACCGGCAGCCACGUCUCCUGGGUGCGGUGCAACACCCAGUUCGGCACACCGUUCGAUCAUGUAGAGAGGAUAUUUGACCCUAUGGCAUCCAGCUCCUACGCGCCCUUCUCCUGCAGUGCUACGGCUUGCGCACAGCUAGGCGGCAUGUGGAACGGGUGUUCCCCGGAUCAGUGCCAGUACACGGUCAACUACCAGGACAGGUCCUACAUCGCAGGGACCUACUCUUCCGACACCCUGACACUGACCGGCUCGGAGGCCAUCAUAGGCUUCCGGUUCGGCUGCAGCCACACGUAUAACGUCGACGCCAGGAUCGACGGCCUCCUCGGGCUCGGCGGCGGCGUGCAGAAGCAUUGA